UGCUGCGUGAAUGAGUUGAACAAUAGCGACCCAGAAUCCGCCAUGUUUAAAUUACUAACAAUCGAAGCGGUUCCGAAAAUGUGAGUUAAUGAAAGAAUUAACCCAUUUUCAGUCUUUUCCUAAGAACAAGAUUUGUUUUAAAGCAUACAGUGAUCAUAAAAAUCUAGUGAUUAGGUGCACACCGCACAGGGGUGAGUGCGCUCACGCGCUUUUUUCUUCGGUGGCUUCACACGCUUCAAGCAAGCUUGGAGCGACCCUCGCUAGUUCCAUGGAAUUAUGAACCUAGACUCCCCUGCCUUUGCUCUAUCUCAAGUUAAUUAUCUGGUGCAUACACUAACAAAGAAGAACUACGAGAAGAGCCUUCAAGAAACCAACAAACUUGUUUCUGUUUACGGAUCUGAAAUACGAAAACAUCUUGUUCGUAUUCUCUUACCCAAGGUUCCUGUGAGGAAAGCUGGAUCAAGUCCUGUGAAAGGAGGCGGAGAGAGUGUACAUGUACAGCUACUACUAGACCAGAUAGAAGGUUUAAACUGGAGCAGCAGUCUUCCUUCUCUUCUAGCCUGGUGUUACGAGAAUCCAGUUGGAACUGGUUCCCCUCCUUCCUUCCAGCAGCUACUUACAGCACUUAAGCUAACCCCUAUACAGGAGGUUGCCCUGUGCCUAGGCGUAUCUCGGAGAUUAGUAUCUCAGGAGUUAAAACUACAGAGCACUAAACUCCUUCAGAACAAGUUAACUGAUCUUAUAUCAUCCAUCAAGAACACACAGCUAGAGGAUUACAGUGAGCUACUGCACGAGGUUCUUGUUAGUUUCCCUGAGCUUGAUCUUCCACAAUCCUGGUUGAUUGAGCUGGUUGAUUUGAUCAAGUCUCACUUCAAGGAUUCAGUUCCUCUUGUUCUCAAACCUCUUCUCAGGUUAACAGUAAAAAAAGAAGAAGUUCUAAUGGCGGGGAAAGGAGGAAACAGUCUCCUAGAGGGAGCACUUCCUGACCUAGUUCUAGAGAUGGGUUACCACUUCACUUCCAGUGUGCAAGAAUGUCGAGCAAGCCUCCAUAAGUUCCAAGGACGAGAUCUGUGUGGAGCCGCUACCAUAGCCAAGGUGAUUGGAGUGAUGGUUAGAACCCACACCGGACUAGAUGAAUCUAAUAGUAUCCCACUUUCUGGGCCUGACUCAGGAUCAAGCUGGGAUAAGAAUGAAAAGACUGAGAAGACUUGGAACGUUGAAGUGUUUGUGCAGAGUAUUCAUGAACUCCACAAUACAAUUAACUGGAAGGAAAUCAUCUUCGAGCUAGAUCAUCAGAACUUUGUGGUAAAAGAUCGAGCGGGAUUGAUCCUACUUCUGAAGGCUUUAAAACUUGGUCUUAAAACUCAAGGAUUUCAGGGACCGUUCCCGAUGGAUCUUUUCUACAGGCACUGGAAGAACACCGAAGGUCAACUAUCCCUUUACCAGCAAAUUCUUAGGAAUCCUGAUGUUUUCUGUUUUGCUGAACAGCAAUAUCAUACUUCAGCCACGGAGAUUCUCAAGACCAACCCUGACUACCAGAACAAAGAGAUUGUAACCUGGAGAAGUUUGGAUCUUAUAGAAACCCUUCUCUAUCUAGCAGAUACAGGACACCAGCCCCAGGUAACUAGACUCUAGAAACCCUUCUCUAUCUUAAAUAAGUCAAAUUUCCAUUUUACAAUCCCGAAGUCUUUCCAAAUCAUUUCUUCCCCCAGGAAGGUGAUCCUGACCCAUGCCUGGCACAGUCAGAGCAUCCAGAUCAAACCUAUUUUAAUCCUGAGUAUGGCAGACUGGUACCUCAAGUCCGGAGUAGAGGGGGAGAGUGAACAAUCCCGCCUGGGUCGGAUCCUAGACAUUGCUCAGGACUUGAAAGCUUUGAAUCUGAUGCUGAAUGCUCAACCUUUCCAGUUUGUUAUUGAUCUUGCGAUUCUUUCUUCAAGACGUGAGUAUCUGAACCUGGAGAAGUGGAUUCAAGACAAGAUUAGAGAACAUCAGGAACUUUUUGUUGCCGGAUGCCUCAAAUUUCUUCAGAGAAAAGUUCCCGGGAUUCAAGGUCCAGGGCCCCUUAAGGAGGAAAAUAUUCCUAAACAGAGUUUACCGGUUGAUUGUCUGAUUACCAUUCUCGCCUCGAUAGAGGACGCUGGAAAACAGAUACCCAUGAGCCAGGAUGUUUACGAGAGUAUCAGAGAUAUGCUGCAGGCCAGCGCUGCUCUCAUUGCACGCGGUGUUCCUCCCUCCGCCCGGAUGAUUGGCAAUCUCCCGCCGAAUUUCAACUCGGCGGUGGGACCACUCUCCGCCGCCAAUAUGGGACCGCCCCCAACCGGCCUUUUCCCAGUCGGCGCAGAUAUGUCUGGUUUAUCCCGUGAAUUUAAUGCAGGACUUCAACUAUCAGGAGGAGGACCUAUCGGAGGACCUGGACCUGGUUCUCUCCAGCUGGGUGGAGGACCUCCAGUUUCAAGCUCAGCAUUCUCACUUCCAGGAGUUCUUGGUCCACUUGUAUCCGGUCCAGGAUCUCCUAAUAGGAUGUUUGGUGUGUCUACGACCUCCUCUGCGGCAGGUAUAGGAGGUUCCCAGUCUCCGUUUACUGGACUAGGGCACUCUAUCCCUGCAAUACCUCCUCCACCUCCUAGACCUAACCAACCAUCUUCUAACAGUCAGAUAGAACAGGUCCGAUCCGGGAAUAUUGCUUCCUUGUUCCCCGAGGGAGACCGUAGUAUCUCCAAAGAAGUAGAAGAUGAAGCUAAUUCGUAUUUCCAGAGGAUUUACAAGGACCCAGCACACCCGACUCUGACUAUCGACGAAGUGCUCGAACUCCUUCGUAAGUUCCAGACCAGCGGGGUACAGAGAGAGACGGACGUAUUCUUCUGCAUGAUCAAGAACCUGUUCGAGGAGUACAAGUUCUUCCCCCAGUACCCGGACAAGGAGCUCCAUAUAACAGCUCAGUUGUUUGGUGGGAUAGUGGAGCAUUCACUCGUCACCAUGAUUCAUCUAGGGGUUGCACUCAGAUUUGUGCUGGACGCAUUGCGUAAGCCUAUUAACUCGAACAUGAGUUGGUUUGGUUUGGUUGCCUUGGAUAGAUUCAAGGCAAGGCUCAAGGACUAUUCUCAGUAUUGUCAACAUGUAGCGAGUAUUCAACACUUCAAGGAUUUCCCCCCGCAUCUCAUCCAAUGGGUUGAAUAUGGAUCCCAGGGAGUAGAACCCCCGAAUAAACCAUCAUCACCGGUUAUACCACCGUCAUUACUACAGACCCCGCCAUCAGUUCCUAUAGCGCAACCUUCAAUUGCAACAAGUAAGACUACCGUUACAACCACUACAGCAACUACAAGCACGAUUGUUCGACCAACAACAUCGGCCAUCGGGACGGUUACACAGGGACGAAUUUCGAUCGCCAACACGACGAAUAUUGAUACUCUGCUGGCAGCUCGUCAGAGUGGAGACGAAUCUAUUCAACCACCUAAAGAGGCGGAGCAGGAUAAGAUCGCGUUCAUCUUCAACAACCUGAGCAUGAUGAACAUGAAGCAGAAGAUGGAUGAUCUGAAGGAGGUCCUAAGGAUAGAGGAGAAUAUGCACCACAGCAAGUGGUUAGCACAGUACUUAGUGAUGAAAAGGGCGAGCAUUGAGCCCAACUUCCACAAGACGUACAGCAGCUUCAUCGAGGUCAUCAACUCAGAGUCCCUCUACUCAGAUGUUAUUGCAGAGACAUACAAGAAUAUCAGGAUAUUGCUAACUUGUGACAAAUCAUUUUUCGAGGAUUUUGGAAACUUGUGAUCAAAUCAUUUUUCUAGGUUAUUGCUAACUUUUGAAAAAUCAUUUUUCGAGGAUUUUGGAAAUUUAAAAAAUGAUAUUAAUCCUUGUCCUGAGAUAAAAUCUAUUUAGGCCUACCACAACUCCCAGCAGGAGAAGCAGCAGGAGCUGCUCUAUGUUGUUCCAUUUGUUGCUAAAGUUUUAGAAUCUGCUUCUAAGUCAAAGGUGUUUAAACCUCCGUGUCCCUGGACUAUGGGCCUGAUGAACCUCCUGGCUGAGCUCCACGCCGAACCCGACCUCAAGCUCAACUUGAAGUUUGAGAUUGAGGUUCUGUGUAAACAUCUUCAGCUGGAGAUAUCAGAGCUAAGACCCGGAAAUGCACUGAAGGAUUACCAACGACUGGAGAAAUUAUUGUGCUUUAAGGAUCUUGGAGCUAACAACGAGAACCAGUCCUUGAAAGGAUUGUCCAAGACAAUGGGAAUGAAGAUGCAGGAGUCCUCCUUUAGCCAGAGCUUUGGACCUAGCCUCACACAGGCUCCCAACAGUUUAAGCAGCAUCAGUACUGCAGCUGCUUUCUCUCAGCCAGGCUCAGCAGGCUUAGGGAUGGGCGGAGCUAUGAUGGCCACGCCUCAAGCAGCAGCUAAUCUCACCACACAAACAGCACAGGCUGCCGUCCAACCAGAACCUAUUCAAAAGAUUGAUGCCAGUUCCGUUGGAUUAAAUAGAUGCCAGGAGCCUAAAUUCCAUUUCUUAGAGAUCAAUACAUCAAACUUAUCUGGACUUGGUCCACAUAUAUCUGUAGAUACUCGGAUACAGUUGGUUAAGGAACAUCCUGAGAUCCUGCAGCUGAUCAAACUAUCCAUCGAGAAAUCUGUCAACGAAUGGAUCUCCCCGGUUAUCGAACGAGCGAUUAAGAUCGCUGUGACAACAUGUGAACAGAUCGUGAAGAAGGACUUUAGCCUGGACCACGACGAGAACAGGAUGAGGACCGCAGCGCAUCAGAUGGUCAGGAACCUUACCUCGGGGAUGGCGAUGAUCACCUGCAGGGACCACCUACUGCAGAGUAUCAAGAACCACUUGAAGAACAUUCUGAUGACCCUCGGGCGAACUAUGCUCCCCUCGUUGGAGACUGUCGACGUCACCGUCUCUGUGAUCGCCAACGAUAAUGUAGAGCUCGCCUGUGCUUUCAUUCAGAAGAAGGCUGUAGAAAAGGCUAUUCCUGAGAUAGAUAAACGCUUGAAUGUUGAAUUUGAACUCCGUAAACUCGCCAGAAAAGAGGGAAGAAGAUACUGCGACCCCGUAGCAGUCACCUACCAGUCAGAACGGAUGCCUGAACCCAUUCGAUCCAAGGUUGGUCAAGUUCCUGUUGUACAAUCAGCAGUAUACGAGGAAUUUGCAAGAACUAUCCCUGGCUUCAAACCGUUGUCUGAUACAGAAGCAGCCACCAUAGCUCCCAAGACGAACGGUAGUGAAGGAAUCCCUGUAUCUACUCCACUAAAUGCUAGUGAGGAGAGUUGGGCAAUCCUCGACGAGGUUUAUAAUAAACUUCAACCCUUCAUAGAGGGAUGCACAGGAUUGCCAGCACAGCCGCAUAUGUCCGCUCUGCAGCAAGUGCUGGAGUGCUUAAGAACAGCAAGAACGAACAGGGAGGUUAGCAGCAUUCUUCUACUGAUAGGUAGAGCAGUUGAAAAUCUUCUGGAAGGGUUAACCGUUGGAGUUCAAGCAGAGCCAGAGAUGCUUGCUCGAUACAGAGAUGCAAACCUUCUUGUACUGAAGGCGCUAGCUGAUCCCAGAGCCUAUGGACCAAACUGGACCAGCAGACAGGUGACCGCUGCCCUGGUUGACUCAAGAGAUGAAAUUAAAUGGAAUAUUGACGCGGUAGACGCGCUCAUACGCUCACAGCUCAUUAAUCUAUUCGAAUAUGAUAAAUUCCUGGCUACCUGUCUGGAAGGUGGAAACAAUCUACAAGUUAUAAACUUCGCAAUGAUCCUGGCCAAGAUCUACCUAAUCGAUGAUCGAUCCAACGCUCAGUUGAUCGAGUCCGAUCUGUUCGGAACGAUCGAGGUGCUGGUUCAGAUCGCCAAUAACUCCCGCAGUCCACCCGAGGGUUUGGUCCAGAUCGUUGAUAUGAUCAAGAUGAGCAGUGAAAGGAUAGAACAGAAUCUACAAAUGUCAGGGCCCACAAGCCAACUGCACAGUGGUAUUCAACAAGCUAGAGAAUAUGAGGAUCCUCCAGGGCUCAUGGAGAAAACAGAGUUCUUGCUCAGGGAAUGGGUGAAUAUGUACCACUCUCCGAAUGCUGGAAAGGACAGUACUAAAGCUUUCCAUGUAUUUGUACAGCAGAUGAAUAUGCACGGUUUACUAAAAACAGAUGAUUUGAUCACAAGAUUUUUCCGUAUGUCAACUCAGAUGUGCGUAGAUCUUUGCUACAGAGCACUGAGUGAACAGGUUGCCAACAACGGAUCCCUUGUUCGUGCAAAAUGUUUUCACACUCUUGACGCAUUUGUUCGUCUCAUUGCACUACUUGUGAAACACUCGGGAGACCAACAGAACACCAUCACUAAGGUGAACCUAUUGAACAAGGUUCUUGGGAUAGUUGCUGGGGUUCUUCUCAUCGAUCAUGAAGUUAGGAAGAAAGAGUUCCAACAGGUUCCAUAUCACAG